GGUUGAGGAUCUGUUUCAUUUGAAAGUUGACGUUCUCGGUGAGAGCGCGUACCAGCAGAUGGUGGAACAAUCCACGUGGGUAGACUGGCUAUCUGCACACACGACGGCAGACAACGUCUUCAUGCACAUGUUCACGGACGGUGGUUUACUAUGUAUUUCUCUAACAAUCAACGUGUGUACGCUCUCUUUCUUCGGCUGUGGACGCCUCGUGGAGUUUAUUGGAAACAAAUAUGGUUCCAAAGCGACUCUUCUUACUAAAUUUGCCGACCUUCAAAGAAGCAAACCCUGGCUUUGGGGCAAAACGAUAACAGAGCUGCUGGUGACUUGCCUCCUCAUCACGCUGUCUGUAAUCGCUCUGUCAAGUACAUCCGUGUCACGUUUACCAUUUACCGGAAACCAGACUGCACCCCUCGACCCGAUCAUCCAGACAGUCAUGUCUGUAAAUGUGGGUCGCUACAUCUACACGACUGUCCAAGACUGUUUCCUACACCAACAUCUAGAACGUUUUAAGACCGAUCUGAUUCAUCAUAUAGUUACAACGGCGUCAUACACCAUAUUCCUUGCAUACAAACAAAAUAUAUUUCUCAGUGUUGCUGGCUUAUUGAUGGAGCUUAACGUCAUCCCCAUAGAAAUCGGUCGGUUUAUGCGAGACUUGGGUGUGCUGAAAUCAUCUGCUCUGUAUAGAAGAACGGGCAUUGUCAGUUGUGCUGUUACCAUGGCUUCAAGAGGUGUUAUACCCGUUGUGUUUCUAGCCAUAGCUUUAAAACACGAUUCUCCGCUUAAGAUGGCGUUUCCCCCAAUGAUUUUAUUUUUUAUGUGUAUUGUGUUCUUCUGUGUUCUGAAUUUCUGGAUGAUUUUGCAAAAUGUGAGCCGAGUCAUUAAAUAUUCCCCGUGUGGGACGGGCGAUAUCACUGAACAGAGCUCCAAUUAUCAAGUGACCAAUCAGAUGGAGCCCCAGUCACGUGACAUAGCACUUCCGGGGACUCAGGGAAUAAGACAGUGUGUAACGUUUUCCAAUUUAAACUAUGGAUAUCUUAAAUCUUACGACAACAGGAACAUUUGUAAUAACGUAAACGGUAAAAAUAACCAUUGUAGCAAGAACGUAUCCAAACCAAUACUUGUCUACAAAGAGCCACGUUUACCCCCUACGUCUGUGGGAUUAGAAACUGAUGACGUUUCCAGCAAUUCCGUUGACGUAGUUCACAACAAUUUCAGCACGAGGUUACAUUUACAGGACGAAACGAGCCGAAUGAGUUCUGCUGGGACUGAUUUAUCAAGAGUGUCUCGAGGGAGCGUGCGAAGCAGCAGUUCGAGCACGAGCUGCUGCUCCACCUCAGUCCUCAUCCAGAAUGUGAUGCCGCAUCCUCAGCAUCUUCCGGAGAUACCAAUCGCAACAAACAGUUCAAUCUCAGCACUCUCGGAAACAGCUGACCCUUCUUUCACAGCGUGAGGGGGAGCUGGGUAGCCGUAUAAUUUUCAAAUGUUUCGUACAAAGAGGAAUCUCGUUCGUCCGGUCUUAAGGAAUCGACCAAGGCGUGUGUGUGUUUGCGUGCGUGUGUGUGUUUGCGUGCGUGCGUAAAUGCGUGCGUGCGUGCGUGUGUGUAUACAUGCUGGAUGUGUUGAGUAAAACAAAUACACGUUCGGUUCCAAAUCUCACAUAGAAAAAAGUGUGUGUUUUGAACUAAAGACUGAAAACCUAUACUGUUAUAGUGUAUAUCUCAGUGUUUGCUGUAGUGCAUGUGUGCGUGUGUGCGUUCGUCCGUGUACGUUCGUUAACUAGUAUGUACAUGCGUCUGCUUAUGUGUUUUUUAUGCCUGCCAUCGACCACCAAAAGCAAAAAUGUGAUUCACAACUGAAAGGUAAUCGCACAACCAAACAUGGAUGUGAUUUAUUGUGAAACGAUAUUCACGAUUGCCAAAGGGUGCUCAUGUUUUGUGUACAGAAUUGUCAUAGUUACCUAAUUUAUUUUUUCCAAAUACAUAUAGCAUAUAUAUAUGUAUUUUAGAAAUGUUACGCUAUUUUAAUAACUCAACGGAAUAUAUCGCGGCUCCUAUAGUUAAACUCAGAAUAUAUUGAAAAUCAAUUUCACAAGCAAAUUUAAGCUUAAAGAACUGGUAGCAAUGCCGCAUUGUUUAGGGCCACUGUCUAACUUAUUGUUAUAUGUAAACUGACUAGCAAAGAAAAGCAUACACCGAAAAAUUGGAUUUGUCCAAAACUUAGAAACAAAUUAGACACAGUUUAUGAAUAACAACUUCUUUAAUACUGUAAAGGCGACGUUUCGGUAUAGAUCCUUAUACCGUUGUCAAGCAAGGCUGGUC